AAAAAUUUCGCGGGAAGUUCGAACAUUUUGGAAUGGAUUGGAUGUUUUAUACGUUGCUUAGACGUUAAAAUCGAUUUCCUCCUGUCCUGUUGAAUUGAUUUUCAGUUUAUUUUCUAUUAUUUAAUGAAUUUUUAUUUUGACAAUCGUGAGUUUAUUAAUUAAUUAAUAUCUUUCGAACUGUACCGUUUUUAAUGCGUGUGAAUAUAAUGGAUUCUACAACUUUGGAAGAAUUAGCUCAAAGUUUUGCUGAUAAGAUAUCUAUUUUGAAAGCAAGUGUUUCUAUACGUAAUUUAGAAACGUCUCUAAGCAAUGCUAUCUUUGAAGCAAGUUACAUUGUAGAAUUAUUAAAAGAAACUUUACAUGCAUUGAGAGAAAAAGUAAAAGAACAAAAUGAAGAUCUGGAAUGUUUACAAGAAGAAUUUAGAAAUAAAUUACAAGAAUUUAAUGACAGAUUGAUUUACAUAAAAGAAAAUAUUCCAUCUAACUUACCAGCACAAAAAAAAAAAAUUUCAAAUAAAACUAUUCAGAGUAAUCUAGGAAAACCAAAAGCAUUAAAAGAAAAUAAUCAACCAAUUCAGAAGACAUCAAAUAUAUUACCUAUAAUAGAACACAUAACAGAUGAAGAAUUAAAAUCUUUACCAAAAUAUAUGAAAGGAAGAUUAACUUGUAAUGUCAUAAAUAAUAUUGUUGAUAGCUUUAACAAAACUAUUGCCGCAAAAUAUAAACUUUUAACCACACCACGUUGCCAACUUGGAACUCAUGAUAUGGUUAAAUUUAAUAACUUUUUGAGUCAAGAAUUAAAUGAGACUAAAGGUCACUAUUUCUGUGUGGAUCAAGAUCUUAAAUAUUUUGCUAAUUUAACUAUCAACAAAACAUUGGCUUCAGUACUUAUAAUACUUCGUCACUGUAAUCGUAUUCAUGACAUCAGAAAAAAUGGAGUUAUUAGACAUGUUUUAAUUUAAAAUUUGUUAUUUUGUGUAUUUAAAACAAAUUCAUAAAAUUUAUAUUAAAAAUAUAUUUUUGAAAAGUAAUUUUUCACAUAAUACAGUAGACCCCCCUAUAACGUGAGUUCCUAUAACGUGGAUUCCUAUAAUGCGGCGAAAAAAUUGCGACAAUAUUCGUAUAAAGACGCUAAAAGGGAUGCGUAAAACGUCAUCGCCAACUCGUCAUCGCGGAUGAGCAGCCAAACUACUUUCCACCGU